CAUGGUUCAGGUAUCUUUACUGGAUGAGAGCAGUGUGAUGUGUGUUUGGAAAAGGAAAUAAAAGAACAAUUAUUUUCCGGUAAUUUCACAGCAGGAAAACUAGUGAGGUAUCCUAUAAAUCUGUGCAGUUCUGGGUUUUGUAGGGAAGCAUGUAUCCUUUCCACCCAGCUACCAUCUCUCUAAUUAAAAUCCCUGUAUUCUUCCCUUAAUCGAAUAAUUGAGAGUUACACACUGUCUCAAGGAUAAUAUUUACACAUUGCUCACUGUGCUGGGCUCAACCCCCUAAUUAUGGUUCUCAGAGUGUGAUCCAUUGAGAGGAGCCUCCAUGCAGCCCACACACCUCACACAUGCACACACUGCUUCUGUGACACAGCAAGGCUCCUUCUUUCUCUUUAGUUUCUCUCAGGAACAAUUUUUACUCCAGUCAUGACUAGCUAAUGUUAUCAUGUAUGCUGGUGAAUAGGGGAGGUGGAGGGAUCUGCUGUUCCCUUAACAGCCCCCCUCUGCUCUGUGUUGGUGAAUUGGGGGGGUGAUUUGUUUAGUCUCUAAACACGCCCCUUCUUCAGAUACAUUUACAUAUUUUCUUUAGAUUAGUUAAAAAGGACACUGCGUCUUGAGAUGUCAGCGUGUUAUCAUUUUCUGGUGUUUAAACACUGCUGUCAAGACCUGUUUUAAUCUCUUAUUGCAACAGUUAAUAAAAAAGUGUGUCUAGACCUCCACUUUUAACCCUUCGAUGGAAACUGUUCUUCCAGUCCUUGAGCUCUAAUCACUAGACCACACAGCCUCCCUCCCUGCCCUUCAGCUCUGAACACUAGACCACAUUGACCUAAUUUGCACUUAGCACUCCUACCCUAUGUACAGUUUGACACAUUACUCCCUCCCUGCACAUACUUGUAGACCCCUCUUGGAAAAGCCUUUGUAUGUCUUUUACUGCAUGGUACAGUGAUCCUCUUGCUGGCCUGUGAAGGGUUAAUAAAGGCUGGGUCAGAUGGAGAACAGCAAGCCAAUCGGAUUAGCAAGCAGGGAUUAGUUACUGUACUCUAGGCAGUCGUAUCUGCAGGUGAAUCGUGUAACAGAGGGGGAGCAGAAAGAGAGAGAGACAGCCUGGACUUUGGAACAGAACUUGCAGGGGAAAGUACAAGAGAGGGUGAUCUGUUUAACUUUGUGAACAGAAAGAGAGCAAGGAGAGGGAAGACUUAUAAACAGCAAUACCUGAACAGGCGUGGUCUUUGUCUUUGUGACAGGCAAUUUGAAAACCUUCGCAGACUGAUCUGAUCACAGAUACUGCACAUUACCUGAGGCUGAAGCAAGAAAGAAACCAAAAAUACAAACAGGUGAAACAGAGCACUGGUACAGCAAACAAAAACAACAACACGCAUGCAGGACAACACCAAAGCCUAGAGUUUCUGUGAGGUUAACUUGAGAGCUACACAACGUUUCUGAACCUCAGAAGUGACGCGGAGAGUGGAAGUGCAGUGUGCGCUUAUCUGCUGCUGUAUCUAUGUAGCUUGAGAAGAAUGACUACCCUGGAGAAGGAUUAUGAGACACUCACGAAUGUUCUGAGCACACCUGAGGGACAGACGGGCGGACGGCCACAGGACACAGAGAAAGACUAACACUAACUUGCUUAUUAUGUAUUAGUUUCAAUUUUCACACUCCCAGAUAGUCACCCUUGGUUUCACACCGGCCCAGGGGGCAGCGCUGCAUUUUGUAAACAUCCUCAGUACAGAGACUGUAUGUCCAUACGUCUUUAAAUAUACUUGGAUUGCCAGCUUGUUUCAAGAACAGAAAGACACUGAUGGGAGUCUGUUUCAUUGACAGUGAGAGAAGAAGAAGUGCUCAGCAGAUCUCUCAGUCUCUUCCUCCUUUAGGUGAUUUUGUUUGUGUGGAGUCUCAGAGCUACGAGUGAUGAAGACUUGAAGCCAGCGCCUGCCUGUCUCACCUGCACAGUGUCUCCGCCCAGUGCCUGGCCUUUGACCCCCAGUUGUUGCCAUGGCGAAGCUGGGCGCCCUGUCGGCACUGAGUGACUUCCAGAGCCAGGAGCGCUUCCUGCCGCAGUGCAGCAUGGGUAGUGUUGGCAGCGGAGUGGCAGGCCAGCAAGAGUUUGCCAUGAAAAGUGUGGGCACUAGGACCCAGCAGAGCAGCGGGGGUGUGCGCAGUAAUGGCUUCUCGACGCGGGAGUUCCAGCGGCGCUACUCUGGGGAGGAGAGGACCUACAGCUCAGAGAAGAUGCUGGUCUCCAAUUCGCUUUACAUCAACAGCGAGCAGCGACGCAGUGGAGAGCGAAGGGUUAAAGUGGAUCUAUGUGGAAAUGUUACCACCAACAACGAGAGGAACAGCAGCACCGGCAACCUGCCCCCCGUACAGUACCGGGAUCUCCCCAACACCGACCACAGCCAGCAACCGCCAACCAUUUCAGCGAACACCACCGUCAACAGCAAACUGGAGCACCCACCCAAGAUACUGCCCGUCUCCGGGAAACUGGAGCAGACUAACGAGACACUCGUCAGGCCCUCUGCCUUCAAGCCGGUGGUGCCCAAGAGUUUCCAUUCCAUGCAGAACCUUGUGUGCCCUCCACAGAGCAAUGGGUCCAGUGGAGAGGGCCGCAAAGGGCCAGUGGGCAGUAACAGCACUGGCACAGGCGGGCACAUAGAGAGCCCAGGCAUGGGGGGAGGGAGGGAGAGGCCUGUGGUGGGCAGGGCAGGGAUGGGGCUGUCGGACUCUGGCAGGAACUCCCUGACCAGUCUGCCCACUUAUUCAGGCUCCGGCAGUGGGAACACCCAGCCACACCACCUGGGUCUGCUCAGUGCCUCCACAAGCCAUAUCAACCGGCUGGGCACCACAGGAGGCUACGAGAAAGGAGGGGGCAUCAGUGGCUACAACAACGGCCUCUCCACCUCGGACAGCGGCCGCUCCUCCUCGGGGAAGAGCAGCUCCUCCUUCAACAAGCUCAGCCACCUGAACGAGGCACUGCCCUUCAAGCACUCCCCCUCCAGCGACGACAUCAUCCAGGACCUUGAGGAUCGCCUGUGGGAGAAGGAGCAGGAGGUGCUGCACAUGCGUCGUAACCUGGACCAGAGCGAGGCUGCGAUUGUGCAGGUGUUUGAGGAGAAGCAGCGGAUCUGGGAGCGCGAGAUGGAGGAGCUACGACAGAACUACGCUAACAAGCUGCAGCAGGUGUCGCGCAAGACCCAACGCGCCCAGCAGGCAGUGCAGCUGCAGAGCGCCAGGCUACAGCAGGACAAGCGCCGCCUGCAGGAUGAACUUGCAACGCUGCUGGCACAGAGAGAGGCGCUUGAGAGGAAGUGCCUAGACUACAAGAAAGAGCAGGCAGAUAUGCUGCCCCAGCUGGAAGAGACCAAGUGGGAGGUGUGUCAAAAGGCUGGAGAGAUCUCUCUUCUCAAGCAGCAGCUCCGAGACUCCCAGGCAGAGGUGACUCAGAAGCUGGGCGAGAUGGUGUCUCUGCGUGCGCAGCAGAAGGAGUUGAAGGCUCAGCUGCGUGAGUGCGAGGCGACCAUUCUGGGUCUAAAGGACUCUUACAGCAGCAAGAGCCUUGCUUUGGAGCGGUGUGAGGGGGAGCUGCAGAGAACACUGGCUGAGGUGUCCCUGCUGCGAGACAAGCUGGGAAUGUUUGAGGCGGAGGUUCUGGGGCUGAAGCAGGCUCUUGCGGCACUGGGAGGGGGCGGUAGAGCUCCUCACACCCCCCCGGCUCUGCCUCGUCAGUGCCAGUCUGACCAGCUGCUGCAGAGCUGCCAGAGCGACGAGGUGAAGGCACAGAGGCAGGCAGAGGCAGAGGCUGACGUGCUCCGGAGGCAACUAGACCGGCUGCAGGCAGAGCUGAGACUGGAGAGGCAGCAGCGGGAGAGGCAGGCCAUCAGCUUUGCAGAGGAGAGGCACACGUGGCAGGGAGAGAAGGACAAGGUGCUCAAGUACCAGGCCCAGCUGCAGCUCAACUACGUGGAGAUGUACCAGAAGAACCAGGCUCUGGAGCAGCAUGUGGACGAGCUCGGCCCCAAACUGCCCCCGUCUGCCAACGCCCCAAACCCUGCCCUUAACCCUGCUCCUAACCCUGCCCCUAUACCUAACCCUAAUCCUGCCCCUGCUCCUUCACACACCCCUGGAGUGGACAAGAGGCUAAAGACUCCACCCUGGGGUGGCCCAUCCCGCCUUGAGAGGAUCGAGUCAACCGAAAUAUAACUGACUGACACACCGACUGACACUAACACAUACACACGCAUGCACACACACACACGCACACACUGAUUGACACACACACACGCACA